AUGAGCGAGCUACGAUCGUGCUCAGGCGUGUCAAGCUGUAGCUCUACGCAACGUGUACAGGACUGGUUGAACAGAAAUGUGACUCCAGCAAUCGAAAUCAAAGACGACAUUGAACAUGUUGAGCCAGAUGCAGCAACAGCAAACAGCGUGAACGAGGUUUUGUGUCACGCGUUCAAGGCACUUCAGAAUCGACACGUCAAGGAUCAACCCAAGGAUCUACCAACGUUUUCUGGAAAUAUCAUGGACUGGCCAAUAUUCGAAAACGAAUUCAAGACGUCGACCGCCGAGUUCAAGCUGACGGAUAGAGAAAAUCUCAGAAGGCUGAACAACGCUCUGCAAGGGAAAGCUCGAAAAACUGUAGAGUGUUUGUUGUCUGCCUCCGAAAACGUUGGACUAAUCAUGCGGAUGCUCAAAUCGAAUUUUGGACGUACUGAGUGGGUAGUGGCAAACAGACUGGAGUUGCUACGCAACCUUGACUACGUGAAGGAAGGUAAUAUCGAGUCUUUCCGAGUUUUCUAUAACGCUGUCAUUGGAACUGCGGUGGCGCUGAAAAAUGUUAAUGCGGAGGCGUACUUGAUGAAUCCUGAGCUGAUAUCGCAUCUGGCAGAGAAGUUGCCCGCUUUUAGCAAGCAAAUGUGGGUGCGGCAUAAAGCGUUUUUGAUGAAGCAAGAUACCAUCGUCGACUUCCAGGAAUUUUCGCGGUGGUUGGAGGAUGAGAUGGAGAAUCAGUUGGCGAGUAUGAACCCUCUCUUUCUCAACAAAAAAGAUCGCAAGGAUAUACCGUUCGCGAGAUCAAAGCCUCCUGUGCUGAACGUGAACACUCGUACUGCAGACCAGAGAGGACAGUGUCCUUUGUGCAGUUCGAAUGACCAUCUGAGCCUGGUGAAGUGUGAGCAGUUCGUCAAACUAUCUGUGGAACAACGGCGGUCUGCUGCAAGAUCCUGUAAGGUAUGCUGUGUAUGCUUGAAGCAGGACCAUUCUCGUAGUGAUUGCCGAUCCAACAAAUCCUGUUCAGUGUGCAAUAAGAACCAUCACGAGCUAGUGCAUUCGGACAAGGAGUACAGGAAGUCAGUUCGCAAGUUCGGUAAGAAAGAACCUGAGGAUAUUUGCCAUGUUAGCGGAAGGAACGAGAAAACUCUUCUGCGUGUUGGUAAAGUUAGGAUCCGCAGUCAAGGUAGAGUUCAGGACGUGUUCGCCCUUUUUGAUGAAGGAUCUUCUAUCUCGAUGAUCGACACGGAGCUAGCCGAUAAAAUGGAUCUCCACGGACCGGUGUCUCCUGUAACAUACCGCUGGACAAAUGGAAUAACCCACCAGGAUUCGAGGUCGAUGCUGUUAUCUUUCUAA